CAGGACAUGGUUGUGUUUAGGUUUGGUGUAAUUUUGACACCAGAGUGUUCAGAUGUCGAGGUGUUUGUGUUGGGCUCUCGGCCGGAGAUGGGACACUGGGACCCGGCCCGUGCCGUGCAGAUGAACCCGAGCCGCCCGGUUCCGUCCGCCUGUGAACCGUGUCUGUGGACCGGAGACGUGCAUCUGUCCGAACCCAACACAGAUAAGCUGUGGUUUAAGUUUAUAAAGCGUGUCGCUGGGAACAACAUUUGGGAAGGCAAUGGGCCACAUCAUGACCGGCAGUGUGUGUAUGAUGACAGUAACAUGGUGGACGGGGUAUACUGCCACCCGAUUGGUCACUGGAUCGAGGAGACAGGCCACACAGAUGAGAUGCAACACACCACCAACUUUUACUUCAGCAUAGCGGGACAGCAGGCCAUUCACUUCUCCCAGGUGCUUCCGCGUGUCUGGUUAGGCAGCUGCCCUCGACGGGCCGAACAUAUAACCCUAAAGCUGAAACAAGAACUGGGUGUUACAGCAGUGAUGAACUUUCAGACAGAAUGGGAUGUCAUAAACAACUCACACGGCUGCCGGCGUGACCUCAGUCAACCCAUGACCCCAGAGACAAUGACACACCUGUACAAAGACUGUGGCCUUUCUUAUAUCUGGAUCCCCACCCCAGACAUGAGCACAGAAGGUCGCACACGGAUGCUGCCCCAGGCGGUGUUCCUGCUUUAUGGACUGCUGAAGAACGGUCACACAGUAUAUGUUCACUGUAAUGCAGGAGUGGGCCGUUCUACUGCGGCAGUGUGUGGACUCCUGAUGUAUGUGUUAGGCUGGAGACUCAGAAAAGUGCAGUACUACCUCACUGCCAGAAGGGCGGCAGUUUAUAUUGAUGAGGACGCACUAGUAAGAGCAGAAAAUGACUUUAUCGUGAAGUUUGGGCAACUCUGUCCAUUUGUUUGCAACCCAGAGACCUGAAAACAGUGCCC